AUGUUUUACAGGUGCCUCAGGACAUUUAAAAAAAGCCAAACCAGAGCAUUAAGAUGUUUUUCAAACACUGCUACAUCUUUGGACAUAGAAAAAUUUCCAAACGAAGCUCAAGUUGUAAUUUGUGGGGCUGGGGUGAUGGGGGCUUCUGUAGCAUAUCACUUAGCAAAGCUAGGCUGGGGAAAAUAUACUGUUGUCAUAGAACAGAGUAGAAUUGGAGGUGGUACAACUUGGCAUUCUUCUGGUCUAAUAGGUGUCUUCAAACCUAGUUUAGCACAAGUAAAAUUAACCAAAUCUAGUGUAUCAUUGUAUAAGGAAUUAGAACAAAAAGGAUUAUCCACAGGAUGGAAAGAAUGUGGUAGUUUAAACCUAGCCAGAUCGAGAGAUAGAAUGACAGUAUUCCGAAGAAUGAAAGCACAAUCUGUAUCCUGGGACAUAGAUUGUGAAUUAUUAACCCCAGAACAAUGCAAAGACAAAUGGCCGCUAUUAAACGCUGAAGAUAUCCUUGGAGGUCUCUGGAUUCCUGGGGACGGUGUUGGUGACCCAUAUGAAACGUGUUUAUCUAUCAUGGCACAAGCAAAAAAUAUGGGUGUAAAAGUAUUUGAAAACUGUGCUGUUAAGAAGAUUACUCACACUAACCAGAAAGUAUCAAGUGUUGAAACAGAUCUCGGUCUUAUCAAGUGUGAGUACUUUGUCAACUGUGCUGGUUUCUGGGCAAGAGGAGUGGGGCGAUUGUCUGAACCUGUUGUUAAAGUGCCUCUUCAUGCUGUAGAACAUUACUAUCUUCACACUAAGCCUAUACCUGCGUUGGAUCCUAUGUUGCCAGGUAAAGUGAGGGUAUUCUUGUGUCAUGAACGUCUGUCCUAUAAGUUAUUCGAUUGUACAGAUAUGGUGGAACUCUCUCCUGAAUGA